UAGACGUUGCCGUCUCAUAUUCAAAAAACCAAAUCCGCCCAUCUUUCCCCCCUCUCUUCACACUUUUCAACGCUACUCCACUCACAAAAUCUAUGCACACAAUUUAAAACCCUAGAUAUCAUCUUGAUUUCAAUUCGAUCUGUAAUGCAAGACAUCUUCGGAUCGGUUCGCCGAUCACUCGUUCUCCGAUCACCGGACGAUGACUCCACUGCCGUCGGAACCCUAGUCGACAAAAUCAAGUGUAUUCGCAAGUCCAGAAUGUUCUCCAAGCUUUCGCCGCCGCCUCAGCCGCUUAAUUCGCCCACUGCGCCCACGAUUAGGUGGCGUAAAGGCGAGAUGAUCGGUUGCGGCGCGUUUGGUCAGGUUUAUAUGGGAAUGAAUCUCGAUUCCGGAGAGUUACUUGCGGUUAAACAGGUUUUGAUUGUUGCGAAUAAUGCUUCCAAGGAGAAAGCUCAGGCACAUAUAAAGGAGCUCGAGGAAGAAGUAAAACUUCUGAAAAAUCUUUCUCAUCCAAACAUUGUUAGAUAUUUAGGAACUGUGAAAGAGGAAGAAACUCUAAAUAUCCUGUUAGAGUUUGUUUCCGGAGGUUCAAUCUCAUCCCUACUAGGGAAAUUCGGGUCAUUCCCUGAGGCUGUUGUAAGAAUGUACACAAAACAAUUGCUGUUGGGACUUGAUUACCUUCACAAAAAUGGUAUCAUGCAUAGGGACAUUAAGGGGGCAAACAUUCUUGUUGAUAAUAGAGGAUGCAUUAAACUCGCAGAUUUUGGUGCAUCCAAGAAAGUUGUUGAGCUGGCUACGAUAACAGGUGCCAAGUCCAUGAAGGGUACACCAUACUGGAUGGCUCCGGAAGUAAUUCUGCAAACCGGUCAUAGUUUCUCUGCGGAUAUAUGGAGUGUUGGAUGUACGAUAAUUGAGAUGGCUACAGGAAAGCCUCCCUGGAGCGAACAAUACCAAGAGGUCGCAGCUCUCUUCCAUAUUGGUAGUACAAAGUCUCAUCCACCAAUCCCUGAUCAUCUCUCUGCUGAAGCAAAAGAUUUUCUGCUUCAGUGUUUACAAAAGGAACCAGAGUUGAGGCCAACCGCUUGCGACUUGCUGCAGCAUCCCUUCGUCACUAAGGAAUCCUGGCAAUCUCUUCCUGUUGCUUCUACUACCUCUAUGGAGGAGAACUUGAAAGCUCCUAUCCGAUUACACGAGAAAGAUAUGGAUAUUUCCCCCACCUCAAGUGAUGUCUGCAAUUUGGGUACUCUGGACUUCUCAACUGUGAACUUUGUGAAUGUAGCAGAAAGUGGACAUGAUUGGCAAGCAGAUAACAGUGAUGAUAUGUGUUUGAUUGACAAUAAAGAUGGUUUUGCAGUGCAUGCAGAAACUAAAAUGAGCCCUCUAUUGUGUGGUGACAUUAAUAAGAGCUUCAAUCCCAUGUGUGAGCCUGAUGAAUGGAGUUGCAAAUCUGAUGGGACCAAUGAAUUGGAAAGGCCAACGACUUCGGAUGAUAACCAACCAGAUGGUAAAGUUGACUGCUGUUCAACCGGAAAAAGAAUUGAUUUUGCUUUUCAUUGUGGACAAUCACUAUCUGAAGAUGAUGAUGAACUUACUGAGUCUAAGAUUAGAGCCUUUUUGGAUGAGAAGGCUGUAGAACUUAAAAAAAUGCAAACACCCCUCUACGAAGAGUUCUACAAUGGUGUUAAUGCUACCAGCUCUACAGUUUUUUCUGAAAGUACAUCUGAUGGAAGUGCACUAAAUUUCUUAAAGUUACCACCUAAAAGUCGGUCCCCUAGUCGUGUGCCUAUCACUCCCACCGCAGUUGAGUCUGCAAUUUAUUCAAGUCCUGGAAGUGGUGGAACACACAUAUCAAAUAUUAGUGGCACAAGUAAUCAUAGUCCUGGGGAACAUCUAUCACCCCAGCUUCAUGAUCAGAAAGGGAUUCAGGUUGAUGGGCAACAUAAUUCUAUUAGCCCAGGUAUGAGCUUCUCUGAAGUACAACGAAAGUGGAAAGAGGAACUUGACCAAGAGUUGGAGAGAAAGAGAGAGAUGAUGCGCCAAUCAGGUGGCGGAGGAAAAAUUAUAUCUCCAAAAGAUCGAGGUUUAAACCGAAAAAGAGAUAGGUCAAGGUUCGCAUCACCAGGCAAGUGAUUGUAUGCAUGUGAGUGUGUCUAUUAUGCUAAACUUAAGCAAUGGAAUUAUGCUGAUGAUUCUUUGAGGAAUCUUAGAUGUUCCUCAUUGACAUACAUCUGCUGUGUUCCUUAAUCUGGUUGAAGCAAUGGAAGUGCAGUCGAGCUAGUUAUUUUAGAUGAAACUAGCAGUUUCACAGCUUUAAGAUGGCUCAAUCCAGUUUCCUGCAUAUCAAUAUGUCCAGUUCAUGUCCUUUAGAGUAGCAAACUUUUGUAUGUAAUGUGUGCGAUAAUAGAAGCAUAUCAUAAAAACUAGGAUCUUACCAUUUCUUUUUUCGGAUUUUCAUCUGGUAUGACCAGGAAGAGGGGUGUAGCUGUUGAGCUCUUUUAGCCUUGUGUGCAUAAAUUUGUCUUAAUUGGGCAAUUAUCUUGUUUAAUACAGCCAACACAGUAUGAUACCCUUUCCCACUAUUCCUAAUAUGUAACCAUUUUUGUUUCAAUAUUUGCAAUUGGUUUUCAA